UCUCUCUCUCUCAGUAUAGAUAUUGGUCAUGGGUUCAGUGGGCAGCCCAAAUUCUUGGGCACCAUAUGAUGGUUAUAUGGAUUGUUCACAAGGAAUUUGCAGCAUAUACUGUCCACAAUGGUGCUACAUCAUCUUCCCUCCUCCCCCUCCCUUUGUCCCGGUGGACGAUUCUGCUACCAACUUCUCUCCUCUCAUCAUCGCGGUCAUUGGCAUCUUGGCUAGUGCUUUUCUCCUAGUAACCUACUAUACCAUCAUAUCAAAAUACUGUAGUAGAAGACGAAAUCAAAAUCGUCAAAACUCAGUAACCCAAAUUGAAACAAAUCACAAUCAAGCGAAUCAGAACACUUGGCAAGUCACCUCAACUGGGUUGGACGAGUCACUAAUCAAGUCCAUUGCGGUUUUCAAGUACAACAAAGAAGAUGGGCUAGUGGAAGGCACGGAUUGCGCGGUUUGCCUUAGUGAAUUCCAAGAAAAUGAGAGGCUAAGGCUAUUGCCAAAAUGUAGCCAUGCUUUUCACCUCCCAUGUAUUGAUGUUUGGUUGAAAUCUCACUCGAAUUGCCCUUUGUGUCGUGCCAAUGUAUUAGUACCUAGCAAUAAUUCUUCAGCUCUCCCACCAUCUCCGAUCACACAAAGUUCUUCUUCUCUUGAAAUUCAUCGACAAAAUGAUCUGACACUUGUGGUCGAUGAUCAAAGUGGGCAUGGCACAGAGGUUGUUGUUAGCCUUGUUAGCGAUGUUGAUUCAAAGAACAACUUUGAGGAUAUUAGUGGGAUUGAAAUGGCUGAAAAUCAACAACAAUUGAGAAGAUCAUUUUCAUUGGGAUCAAUGUCAUGUCAAGGCCAUCUUUUAAUUGCUGAUAUAUUGCAUAUUAGUGAAGAUGAUGAGGAGAGACAAAUGGGAAUUCAUGGAUUGAAUACCGGCAUUGGAUCUUCACGGGGAAUUUGGGGAGACAAUAGUAUGAGACAUGGUGGAAAUGAGGGGUUUGAAUUGCAGAGAUCGGUAUCGGCUGGAAGGAUCAGUUUGAGAGGGCAUGAAAAAGGAAAGAAUUCUAUCAUUCCUAACUGAUUAUUUAUUUAUUUAUUGUUUUUUGUUUAUAAAACAACAUUUGUGUAUAUUUUAGAUCCACAAGGCUUACCAAUUGAACAAAUGAAAUGAAUCAGAGAUCCAUGAAUUGAAAUCUGUAUCUUCAAACUCUUUACUGAAAAUAUAGCUCUAAUUGUUUUGGAUCUGAUUCAAUGAUCAACUUCUUCUGCUAAUGUGGUUUGCAGAUGCAGAAUUCUA